AACGUCUCACUUCCGGUGUUCGCCACUCGCUGAGGAACAACAAUGGCGUCCUGUAGUGAGGGAUCUCGUACAGCCACCGAAGAGGAAACAACCGAUUCCCCUGCGGCACAGAAGAGAGAGGCGAGAUUACGAAAAUUCCGAGAGUUACACUUUAAAAGGAAUGAAGCACGUAAGCUGAAUCACCAGGAGGUUGUGGAGGAGGACAAGAGACUGAAACUUCCUACAAACUGGGAGGCAAAGAAAGCCAGACUGGAGUGGGAGCUUACUGAAGGCCAGAAGAAAAAGGAUUGUGCGGACAGAGGUGAGAACUAUGACCAAGUGAAACUGCUGGAGAUCACUGCUGAUGAUGCGGCGCGAUGGGAGAGGAAGAAAAAGAAGAAGAACCCAGACACUGGAUUUGCAGGUUAUGCUGAGGCCCAGUUGCGACAGUACCAGAGGCUCACUAAGCAGAUCAGACCAGACUUGGAAAGCUAUGAGAAACAGCGGCAAGAAUGUGGUGAAGACUUCUACCCUACAGCCAACAGCCUGAUCCACGGCACACAUGUCCCCACAAAGGAUGGAAUCGACCGCAUGGUGGAAGAUGUCGAGAAACAGAUCGAGAAGCGGGCCAAGUACAGCCGACGCAGGGCCUAUAACGACGACGCAGACAUCGACUACAUUAACGAGAGGAACGCCAAGUUCAACAAGAAGGCAGAGCGUUUCUACGGCAAAUACACAGCAGAGAUCAAACAGAACUUGGAGAGAGGCACAGCUGUCUAGUGCCAACAGUCGCUUCAGUGGACGUUGUCUAUUUUUUGUUGUAACAGUCCUGGGUGUAACUUUUUUUUUCUUCUACCUACUAAAGAGUUCAUGCGUAAAAUAUUGGACCGGGUAAUUAAACGCAGUUUCUCAAACAUCAUAUAUCACGCAGAGGUUACUUUGAAGUGAAAGAUGAUUGAGUCGUCUGCAAGAUUUCGUAUGUAAUGAGCAGUGUUUCUUUGUACAUUAUUAGAAAUUAAAACACAUGUUUAUUCUUAUCCUUGUGUUUUUUUAAAUAAACCACUUCUAUUAAUCUUG